GUAUAAGGUGGUGGUGCACUGGGAGAAUGGGAGAAAUAGUGGUAGUAGGUGCCAACCAACGCCACAGUGUACAAGGUGGUGGGAGAAUGGGAGAAGUGGUUGCUCAAGCUGUUCUGUCGCACUAUAGAUCUCUGAAGAAGACUGGCAAACCUCAGGGAGGAAGAGAAUACACUGUGCUGGCAGGCUUUGCGUUGACGGAUGCCGACGCUCCUAGUACGGAGGAUGCGAUCAGGGUUGUCGCCCUAGCUACGGGGACGAAAUGCAUAGGGCACAGUCAGCUCAGCGACAAGGGAGACGUUGUGAAUGACUGUCAUGCAGAAGUCGUUGCCAGACGGGCGCUUAUCCGGUUCUUUUACGCAGAGUUGAAUAACCUUCUGACAAGCACAGAGUCUGACAGAGAGUGUGUCAGACGGUGCGUCAGAGAGUCCAUUGACGAGUGUGCUACAGUAGACAGCUUGUCAGGAUUAACACCUGACGUGAUCCCAGCUGGAAGUCCAGGUGUUGUCCCUGGCUGUGAGGAUCUGGUGAACGGACAAAAUCGGCAGGAAGUGGCUGCGGAAGCUGUCACGGAAUUGUCGGGAAAGGACCUGAUUCAUGGUGGUCCUUCAGGGGUAUUUUUAGAACAGAGAGGGUACGAGGGCGGUGCAAGACAACCCACCGCAGUUGGGGGGGCGAGAGGACCGGCAUUCGCGAGUGAGAGCGCAAAAAAAUCCAUAUUUGAAUGGGUAGUUGACGGCGAUGAUCGCACGAGCUGGUGCGAAGGAGCUGACUGUGUGCAGAGAUGCGAAGGGAUCUUGCGGGCAGAAGGAGAUCAUGGUUCAACUUGGACGACAGAAGGACAACCCUCGCGGGGAUGGGAAAGUGCAAAGGGUUUGGAAGCGCAUCGGGGAGGUGGAGAACGUUUGCACGAGAGCAAACGAGUCGCAGGAAGGAGACGGGUGCGGCUUCGACCGGCUCUUAGACUCCACCUUUACGUCAGCCAAACACCAUGUGGAGAUGCAUGCAUCUUCUCACCCAUGGCAAUGUCCAGCGACGACAGCUGUGAGGCGGUCCCUGCCGCCGCUGCCGGGGCGAAAGACGCCGCCAUAGCCGGAAACACCGCUUCUGAAUGCAUGAUCCCUGCCCGCCGUCAUCUCAAGACCGGUGCCAAGCUCGCAAGUCUUCCACUUGGUGCUGAUUGGCAGGAUAUACUGGCUGCCGAAGAACUGCAGCUAGUAAUGACCAGAGACGGCCAUGAUAAUUGCGCAAGGACAAGCUUUAAGGCGCCCCUAGCUAAGAGCAAGGAACCUGAAGAUGGUACUUUGAAGGAAGUAGAAAGGACUCGAAGAAGCAUGUUAUUAGAUAAUGCACAUCAGGUUCAUCGCCGGGCGGAGGAUCCCAAUUACACCAGGCAAAUCUUGGACUCCACCUCUAGGAAUCAGCCCCACGAUGACGCUGAUGACGAUGGUAGUGAUGCGAAGAAGCUCAAGCCGACUCUCUUUCAGGCAGCAGGAGCUUUGCGACGGAAACCGGGUCGUGGAGAUGCUACGCUAUCGAUGAGCUGCAGCGACAAGAUUGCCCGAUGGAAUGUGCUGGGAGUGCAAGGUGCCCUUCUUUCGUUGUUUUUGGAGGAGCCCAUCUACAUUUCGUCGAUUACGAUCUCUGUCCAUGUUCCUCCUCCAUCCUUGUCCGGCAAGGGGUUACCGGACGCUGUGGAGGGCUACACCCCAUUAAUAUCAGCUCCGAUUCAUGCAGCAGCUAUUCCGGCCGCAGUUGCUGACAGGGAAGUAGCGAAGGUUCUUGUCGGCGACGCAAAGGACAUGAUUUCGCACAUGAUCCAUGCUGAGCCACAGAGAUCAGCGGCCACAGGGAUCAUACUUGAACGCAAAGGACAUGAUUUGGCACAUGAUCUCGUCGGAGUCGGAGACGCCAAGGAAGAGUCUGACGUGAACACACAUGAUCCAUGCCGAGCCACAGGGAUCAACGGCCAUCAUUCGUCAUUGGCUGGCGAGAUUGUUGCCACCACUGUGACAGCGACUGUUACUGACGAGGAAGGGGCGGAGGUUCUCGUCAGAGACGCAAAGGAAGUUUCGUCGGAGGUGGAGGGCGCCGAGGACACAUGCCUACCGACAGGGAUCGGAAGUCAGCUACAUGGGUACCAACGUUCGCUACCACGUGCGUUCUUUGGCCGCUUGGCUCCUUUGACCGAAAACCUACGACCGCCGUUUCGGCUGAACCGGCCAAAGCUAUGGUUGGCCCCGGUUCCACCGCCGGAUCUCUCCUUGUGCUGCCACGGAGACAGUAUCGCCUGCGGUUUCUCUGUCGUCUGGAACGCCAGCGGGACACACGAAGUUGUACUUGGCACUACAGGGCGAAAGCAAGGUGCCAGGAAGACGGGCCCUUGGUCCCCCGCUACAAGAUCCUCGGUCUGCAACGCGUCAAUGCUGGCGCAUUUCCGUGCCAUUGUUCAUCACUUCCCUGAAUCAGAUCCACAACACCUUCAGCAACUCUCGUACGGCAAUCUGAAGAUGUCCGCCUCUUCUUACUCGGCGGCUCGCUCCUGGACUUGGGCAGCUACGCUACUUCAAAGCUCAAAUGUGGCAUAUCAGUAUGGAGUGAGUGGACCAUUUUGGUACGCGUCAGGGGCAACAAUCCAGGUGCUAUUAUUCGGAUUGCUGGCGAUUGAAGUGAAGCGCAAGGCACCGACUGCGCACACGAUCCUUGAGAUCAUCCGGGCAAGAUGGGGAGAAGGAACUCACAAGAUCUUCAUGGUGUUUUGCUUCAUGACAAACAUCAUCGUCACUUCCAUGCUGCUCCUUGGCGGCGCAGCUGUAGUCAACGCUUUGACUGGCAUGAACAUCGACCUUGCGGGCUUUCUCAUCCCAGUUGGCAUUAUUGCGUACACAGAUGUCGGUGGACUGAAGGCUGUGUUUGUGUCGAGCUACAUCCACACUGCUUUCCUGUAUGCGAUUCUGUGCGUCUUCAUCUAUGGAGUUUACACCACGUAUGGUGAUCUUGGGAGCUCAUCAAAGGUUUACGAUCUUCUCCAAACAGCAUCGUUGAAAUCUGACGUCUGCAAGUCGAUAUUUCCUUUCAAUGAAACGGACAAAGACCAGCAGCCUUGCGGUCCCGUCAAGGACAACUACAAGGGCUCAUACCUGACCAUGAGAUCAUAUCAAGGCUUCAUCUUCGGAGUCAUCAAUGUUGUGGGGAACUUUGGAACAGUGUUUGUGGAUCAAAGCUACUGGCAGAACGCAAUCGCUGCCAAGCCCUCGGCCUCCUAUCGAGGAUACCUUCUCGGAGGAAUGUGCUGGUUCGCGAUUCCAUUCAGUCUGGCAACGUCCAUGGGCCUCGGUGCUCUUGCUCUGCGCCUUCCGGUGACCUACAAGGAGGCUGACGAAGGACUCGUGCCCGCGGCGACCGCCGCUGUCAUGCUGGGGAAAGGCGGCGCAGUUGCAAUUCUGAUCAUGCUCUUCAUGGCUGUGACGUCAACGGGCUCUGCAGAGCUGAUUGCAGUCAGCUCGCUUGUGACGUACGAUAUCUACAAGACGUAUAUUAACCCCAAGGCGACAGGAAAGCAGAUCCUGAAAGUAUCGAAGAUUAGCAUUCUGGUCUUUGGGCUGCUGAUGGGAGUUCUAUCAAUCAUCCUGCAUAAAAUAGGCUUAUCCCUUGGCUGGGUAUAUCUGGCCAUGGGGGUCUUCAUCGGUUCCGCAGUUAUACCCAUCUCUCUUCUCCUCCUUUGGUCUAAGGCCAACAGACAAGGUGCAUCGAUCGGAGCCAUAAUGGGUAUGGUGUGCGGUGUCAUUGCAUGGGUUAGCACGGCCAAGGCCAAACAUGGCAAGGUGACUGUCAGCACACUUGGAGAGAAUGACUCUAUGCUUGCUGGCAACCUGGUAUCCAUCCUGCUCUCAGGAGUUAUUCACGUUGUACUUAGUCUAAUCAAUCCAGAGAACUGUGAUUGGUCAAACACGCGCGCCAUUGAGAUGGUGGAGGCGGACAUGACGGGCCUGGACGACAAGGAGGAAUACGACGAGUUACGUCUCCAAAGUGCUAAGCGGUGGAUCUGUAUUUACGGCGUUGGGUUGACGAUCAUAUGCAUCAUCAUUUGGCCGCUGCUGUCGCUUCCAGCGGGCGUCUUCAGCAAGGGGUACUUUUCAUUCUGGGUCAUUGUUUCGCUAAUCUGGGGCACCGUUGCGACAGCGAUUACGAUUCUUCUUCCGCUGUACGAGAGCUGGGAUGCCAUCGUGGUGGUGUGCACAGGCCUUUUCACAAAUCAGGCCACCCACGACAGACUUGAUGUGAUCGACAAGAAGAUGACGGCCUUGAUACGCGUCAGCCCGCAGGCUCAGAUGGAGCUAGACCGUCUCGUUAGACACGAGGCAGAACAAGACAGCGCCAGCGUCAGUGGCAGUGCAAAAUUUUCGGUCAAGACGAGUCGCCUUACGAGUGGGAGCCCACUUCUUCCGUCACCAGAUACCCCAGAUCAGGAAUUAGAAGCCCCUAAGCGCUGAAAGCCACCUGAAAUAGAGGGUAACCUGUAGAGUCCAACGGACUGCAACCCCCCUUAAACCCCCCCAAAACCCCUCUAAACCCCCCCUAAACCCCCCUAACCCCCCCUACCCCCCCCUAACCCCCCCUAAAGUUGGUCUAAAAAUUUCCUUUGGUGGGGUCAGUUGAUAAAGUAUUAGACACUUAAUUUGACAUGAUUAUUAUGUUACUUUUUUGUCUAUUUACUUGUUAUUAUUACAGUUCCUUAGUGGGCUUAUUUUUUGUUUGUUUGUUAAACUUUGUUUUUUGACCUUUUUUUUCGCCUCCCUCGAAUUUUUAAUGUAUUUUUUAUGUACUUUUUUUUUUAGUAUUCGCAGUUAAUUUUAAAAUUUACGAAUGUAACUUUAUACCGAUCUAGUUUACACAUUGAAUUGGGCAGUGUUGGCUGAACAGCUAUGUAAAAAGUAGUACAAGCCUCUUUUCAUUUUACUUAUUUCAAGUUAUUUGAUACAAGUCAUAAGAUCUCAUCAACUCUUUUUUCAUUUUUUUUUUAUUGUUGUUAUUAUUAACUUAUUAUUGCUAUUAAUAAUUUAAUAGCCUAUUAUUUUCCUACUUUAGCUUAUUUCAUGAGGCCCUUUGUUAAAUAGACUAGUAAUUGCUCAUGACCCUUAGAACAAGGGGUAAUUGCUAUUCUCAGCCGAAGCCGGGUAAUGGCCCUGGUAUCUCAUUUUGUUCUGCUCGAAUAUGGUUCCAAAUGGGACGCUGGGCCCGGUUCCCAGCACGUGUUGCUCCCCACGAAUAGAUUGGAGCAUUGUUCCAUAAAAAAAAAAANAAAAAAAAAAAAAAAAAAAAAAAAAAAAAAAAAAAAGCUUUAAUUAUCUUCCAAGCGAAGAAUGAAGGUUAACCUUAAUA